AUGCGCCUCGGCCUCCUGCCUGACGAGAUCUGGGAGGUGCUCAAGCCGCUGGCGCCGCUGCAGCACGACUGGGAUGCCCUCCCGCACAUCUUGCCGGAGCUCAGGAAGAAGCGGCCAGACGUGUUCUCGUCCGAGAAGUUCUGGCACGAGAUUGGGGCCGAGUCACUCGGUCAGGGCAAGAAGGUGCGCACUGUCAGCCCCGUCGUGCAGCUCGACGCCUUCAACGUCAGCUUCGAUAGGGGUGUGCGGCAGAACGGCGAUGACCCUGCUGAGUUCCCCUGA